CAAAGCUGCGUUUUGGAAAUGUUGAAAAAGGGGAAUUUUUUUCUGGAUUUAGAAGUUCAAGUGCACAAAGUUACAUAAACUUUCCACAUAUUCGGAGGAAACUCUUCUUGGCCAUUCCACAUAAAGCAUGCCUGGCCAUCCUCUUUCAAAAAAGGAUAUGGAGGCUGUGGCUGAGAAGUACUUUUGCGUGUACUGUUUAUUGCUUUUAAGAGACGCCAUGCAGACAAGUUGUGGACAUUUUUAUUGCCAGUCAUGUUUGAUGAAUCUCAUUAAGGAUGAAACAUCCAUGGUGAUGAUCUGUUUGAAAGAUCAGACAAGGCUUCUACCCACACAGGUUUUUGCAGACCAAUUCAUGCGGAGAGAAAUACUUGCUCUUGUCGUUUACUGCACGUUCGUGGAUGACGGGUGCCAUUGGAAGGGAGAAGUCAGACAUUUAGAGAGCCAUACCUCAACUUGCGAGUUCCUGAAAUUACCGUGCGUUCAUCCUGAGUGUGAUGUAUUAGUGAAAAAGGCUGACCUUACAAAGCAUUUAAAGGAGGAAUGCAUGUACAGAUUAGAAAAGUGCCCAUUUUGUCAGCAACAGAUCAAUCUGAACAAAAUGAAGGUGCACCAGGAGACGGACUGCCCUGCAUAUCCAGUUCGUUGUGGCAACUGCAACAGAGAGGACAUUCCUCGUAGACGGCUGCGAGAUCACCAGGACCCAGUUUUUGGAGACUGUGAAAAUGUGGAGGGCCCGUGUCCAUUCUCACAUAUUGGUUGUCCAAAGAAAGAGGUCCUAAGCAAGCGAGAAAGAAAGAAACAUUUGGAAGAAGAAAAUAUAUUUCACACCUCUCUGCUCCUUAAACAAACCUUGCAGAUGACCAAAGAGGUUGAAGGUAUUUUGACACGAAAUCCCUCAGUAAUCUCAAGAAAUCCCCAGCUCCUUUCAAACGUUGAUGGGGUAGUUCAAGAUAUUCUUAACCAGUUACAAAGUGGUACAGAAGAGAGAAGAAACCAGAAGACCAAAAUAAGAGAGCACAGUGAACGAAUAACCCUUUUAGAGAGAAAGGUGGCUUCAAGGAAUGUUUCGGGAACGGGGGCGUCUGUCCAACGUCUGCCUGAAGCUGAAGGGAAUUUACCAUCUGGUGAAAACUCAAGAAGGCUAGUCAAUCUUGAAAACAGAACCGCUGACCAUGAAGUACUUCUAGUCGAGAACAAUCGCACAAUGGAGGAGGUGAGACGUGAUGACGGUAACAUUAAGAGGCAACUGGACAUCAUACACGAGAGCAACAGGAGGCACGACCGAAGGAUUGAAUCCAUUGAGCACACAUUGGCCCUCAGGAACGUAACCCUGGCUGAUUUGGAGGAAUACGUAAGACAGCAAGAGUUCUCAAGCUAUGAUGGCCAGCUGUUGUGGAGGAUUUCUGAUUAUGCGCGCAAACGAAACGACGCAGUGACCGGACAGCAAGUCUCCUUCUAUAGCCCGUGCUUCUUCACUAGUCGCUACGGUUACAAAAUGUGCGCCCGCAUUUAUCUGAAUGGGGAUGGAAUGGGCAGAGGAACGCACAUCUCCAUCUUCUUUGUGGUCAUGCGUGGGCAGUAUGACGCGCUACUCCGCUGGCCAUUUAGACAGAAGGUCACCUUCAUGUUGCUAGAUCAGGAUAACGUGGAACACGUAAUUGACGCGUUCAGACCUGACCCGAACAGCUCAUCCUUCCAAAGGCCAAGAAGAGAAACCAACAUCGCCAGUGGGUGCCCGAUGUUUUGCUCGCUAGCUGAACUUAAUAAUCACGCGUAUGUCAGGGACGACACCAUGUUCUUGAAAAUCAUAGUGGACACUACUGACCUGUAGACAAUCAUAACCAAAACUAAAGCCUUCGGGGGCCAUCCGUAGACCUAGGGGUAGGAAAGGAAUAGGGGGCUUGCAGAUCGUUCCCUCGCAAGCGGCCUAGAAAGUAUAAGAGCAGUUUUUUUUAUGUGCAUUUUACGAACGCCGUUUGAAUUUACAUUUAUACACGAAUGCAUGCUGAUCAAAGAAAAAUUUAUAAAAUAUUUCUUUAAAUUGAAAAAGAAAUCGAGGUGAAAAUUACUUAGUUCGGCCGCUUGUGAUUUUUUAAACUAUCUUUUCCCUUUAGAAGCUUCUUCAAGGACUUCGUGGCGAGUUUUCGAUUUGGCCUGCCAAAUAAAAACUUUAUUUUCAGGCCAGUUGGAAAACAAGCCACCUCAAGCUUAUUAGCUAAGUUGAAAGCUCCAUAAAUUUCGUGAAAAUGGUCUGAACUCUUAGAAUUUGUCAGCAUUGGAUCGGAGGAUGAGGUUUCUUUCAGUUCGACGUUUCAAUGUGCAUUUCUGAUGCAUUUCGGAGUGCACCUGGGUCGAUUUUACCGGAAAUAGACCUAGCCCUUGCCUUUCGUUCAAUUGUUAGUUUUACUUCCGGUAAAUUCGGUUCAGGAGGCCUCCCAAGGACUACUGGAAAUACACUAUGGCCUGGUUGAGGGAAAGUGGUGCCACAGGUGAAACCCCAUGAUGAUUUUUAAACUAAAAGGGUUAAGUGAUGAAAAAAAAUCAAUAAAAAAUAAAACCGAAAAACAUCGAGCGUCUAGCAAGCGGUUGACACAAAAUCUUGAACUACAAACGUUUCGAACUGCAUGAUCCACUACUGGUAGUUCCACUGGAUGUUGCUGUAAAGAUUUCGCACCAUUUUCAUAGAAUUGAUGGAGCUUCGAAUUAGGUUGGAAAACUUAAACCUUCCAUAUCGGAAUCCUCCAAGUGAUUCAAACCGACUACGCCUGGAAAAUGAAUAACGUAUUUGCUGACUGAAUUCAACAAAAUCUGAAAAAUCCAAUCCACCAGCGGGUUUGGACCGUAAUGCGAAAAAGCUUUGCUUCUCGCUUUUACAAUAAUCUGUACUCUUUGAUUUGGCUAUCACUGGAUCGAUGACGUUACAAAAGGGUAAACAUACUUGGGCAAGAGCUGCAGAAAAAUUAAAAAGAAAAUCGUAGUUUUGUCGUAUUCACUCGGUUUCACAGGUUAAUGUAUCAAAUUCAUGCAUCAAAUUCGAAUUUAUGGGAACAAUCUCAAACUCACCCACCUUUCCACUCCCAAUCCUUGCAAGUAAAGAGAAGAAGCGAAAUCUAUUCAACACACAUUUGCAGAGCGCGAGCGUCGCUUGGACGAGGAGUUCCCUUUCGAAGAAAACCACAAGAUUUCCGAUGAGACGUUUUUCUGACAUCCUUGAUUCUUCAAGUGGUGCGAUGCUCAAGAAGUCUUGGUCGCGACAUGUUGGGCAUCAUGCCUGACGAAGAAUUUUUACUCCCUGUUGUUCGUCCUCUUCAUGUUACGAACUAUUUUUGGUGCCAUUGAUCCACCAGGGACUAUGAUGUAGCUUUUUGGGCUAUGUUAUGCUAAUACUGAACCUACAGAUAUUCAAGGAUAUUCCUUUCUUGCUUCAAGUACGCCUCUCCUAGGGAACACUUAUCUAAAUUUCGAUGGAGAUUAACAUAUUUAAAAAAAAAAAAAAAAAAAAACCGUCAGGUAGAUUAUAAAUUAUGAUAGUUCAUAUUUAUAACCUUAACUGUAAUCUCGAUAUUUUCCGUUAUUAUAUAGCUGGAAUCACCCGUGGACAACAUGAAGCGAAUCCUGUGCUCUGAUUGGCUACCCGAGCAGACAAGAUGGGCCCAUCUUGCUCGCUCGGGACUGCCCGCUUUGAUCCUGCGCAAGAAAAAACGUGCGUGCAGCGGACUAACAAAGUUCGUAACUUUUGGACUAUGUCGGCGAUAACGUCGCAAAAAGCGGCAGAGGAAAGUAAAA